AUCAUGUGACAAAGUGUCUUGCUGUGCUUCUUCUUUCCGGAAAGCUUCCGGAAGUGCAGAAUUGCUUGACAAAAACCUUUUGUAUAAUAUUUGAUAUAAUUCUUUGGUGCUUGAGUUAUUCGAAGUUUUUUUCGCAACUCGGAUAAAUCGAUUUUUUUCACUCGAUUCGAGUGCGAACGCGAAAAAUAAGAAUUCCAGUGAAUGAUUUGAACCGUGUAUCAACCUUAACCAAAGAGAAUGAAACACUAACAUGACUCAUACGAAGUAUCAUUAUUAACUCUUUUCAAACCUCACAUUCGGGAUGUGUUGUAACAACACCAGGUAAUGUCCCAAAUUGUAAUCUUGUACGAAUCUCGAGUGUAAACGAUAACGGCAGGAGUAUGGCGAUGAAAAUGUGGAAAUACGUGUUGAUGAUCAUCAUCAUAGAUUUAGUGGCCUCCGAAAGAAUAAAGGAUAUGAUAUAUAUGCCACUGGAAGGUGUAGCUGCAUGUUUCCGAAGACACAAUGGCACACAUCAAUUUGGAUGUUCCUCUAGCAGAUCAGGUAGCGUAGGCGUAGUUCAUUUGAUUGAGAUAGAAAGUGAUAUCACUUGGAUAGAACAGAAUGCUACUGCUGGCCCGUAUACAGUAGUCCUUCCGUUUGUAUGGUUCAAUAAAACAACGCUUAUAAGACUCAAGAAUACAAAUAAUAUAAAUGGAGUUUUGCACAAAAAUAUUAGCCAUGAGCGUCCAUUUAAGUAUUCACCUGAAGACACAUGUCCAAAUCGAUAUUCUGGUUACAAGAAGUGCAACGAUUCAAAGCCAUGGAAUCCUUUUGGAUCUGCUUUGCUCAUGGAAGACUGGCCGUUUCCUAUGUUUUAUACAGAGAAUCAGACAAUUUUGGAGGCUAUAAAAUCUUGUUUCUGGACACACAAUGCUCAUGACCUGGAGACACAACAUCAGAGAUCUCUCUGCGCGCUAGAAAUGAAAUCGUUCAUGUAUGCUGCCGUUAAUUCUGAUUCCUGUAUAAAGCGUACGGAUUUCAAGUUGAAUUUUAAUCCGACACAGUUUUGCGAUCCGCUCGGAGAUAGGAACAUACAUUGGCCUUUGGCGCCUCUCGAGGAAGGUAAUAAUACAGUGAUCAUGGUGACAGCACGAUUGGAUGCAGCAUCGUUGUUCGAUGGUGUGUCACCUGGCGCGGGUAACACCAUAACAGGGCUAGUUACGCUACUUGCCACUGCAUAUUAUCUGAAUCUCCUAAACGCCACCGUUGAUAGCACGAAUGUCGUGUUUUCGUUGUUGAAUGGGGAGGCGUUUGAUUAUAUAGGAUCCAGUCGCAUGGUAUACGAUAUGAAGCAAAAUAACUUCAAUGCUCUCGGCGGAGUUAGUUUAAAAUUUGACGAUAUCAAGAGUGUGAUCGAGUUUGGUCAGUUGGGCAAGGGGAAGAUAUUUCUCCAUAGUAACGGCCAGGACGAUAUGAUAAGCCGUUUACAGGCCGCGCUAAAUGCGUCGCUUGUAAACGGUAGCGUUCCACCUACGUCUGUCCAGAGUUUCCUGAAGGCGAAACCGAAUCUAACGACUGUCGUCAUAAGCAACCACGAGACGCAGUUCAAGAACCGAUAUUAUAACGGCAUCUUGGACGACGCGGAAAGUCUUGGCUUUAAUAGAAACGAUACUAGCACGCUUGCAUCAGAUUUAGCGUCAAUUGCUCUUCAGGUUGCUAAUGAGCUUUACUGGGCGGUGACGGGUGAGACACCGCAGCCUGCCAAUCUGUCGAUAUCCAUGGAGGAGCUUAUUACGGAGAUGUUACAUUGCUAUUUGGAGAAUGCCAAGUGCGAUCUGUUUCGCGCGUCUUCGGCGCCUGGUACUAAAGUAGUUAGUCAAGUUUUACCGCUGUAUGUCGGUGUACACAGAGCGCCCAGUGCCGCGACGACUUUAACGGGCCAGCUUUUAGCCUUUUUGACCGGUGAAAAACUUCUUGAAAUGAACGAGACGACGUGUCAUGACAAUCGACUUGCCUGGAUGGGCGGAUACAAUUUCUCAGGCUUGUGUAUCAAUUCAACCGUCAAUUAUAGUACAGCUGUGAGCCCUGCAUUUUUUAUCGAGGGAUAUGACAUGAAGUCGGGUGACUAUUCAACUUGGACUGAAUCUAUAUGGCAGACUUUAAGUGUCAGAAUGUUUCUCAAACCAGCAGCAGCGACGGAACGCUUUAGCUUGAUUCUCGGCAGUUUGGUCGCUGUUUUUUCGUUUGUGUUAGUGUGGUUUAUCAAUAAUCGCGCUGACAUGUUAUUUAACUCGAGGAGAACUGUUGAUUGCUAGGGAUACGCUGCGGACCACAUAUCAAUGACCAGGUUAGAUAAUCAUCGAGAAGACCGAGAUGUUCCAAUAACUAGCCUUUGACCGUAUGUGUGGUACGCCCUCGGACGAUUUUUUCUAAUCCAUUGUUGAAAAAAAAAAAAACACCCAGACGUGUCGCGUUGUCGUCAUUAAAUAUUCUUAUUUAUCGUCAUCGCUUCAUCCGCAUAGUGUUCAAUUGCGAAAAAAAAA